GCACCCAAACAAAAAGGUUCAUUCAUUCUAAGUUCGAACCUUCUUCUUCACCACAUUCUCCCCUUUUGACCCGAAUUCGACAGUCCUAAUAGAAAAUACACAUCGUGGUUGCGAUGCUGGGAAAGACGAGGAAGGUUUCGGCGCGCGGAGAGGGGGUGGCAGCGAACUACGCCUUUGGUCCCGCGGAGGAUGACGUAAUCAUCAAACACAGGCUUCUGACGCGCACGACCACCACGAGGGGCGAGCCUCCGUUGAAGAAGCUUCAGAAGAAGUUCACCUCGUUCGUGUCGGAAGUGGACAAGGAGGAGGACAACUACGGCGAUUGCGAAAAGCUGGCGAGGGCCUUUCUGCAGGAACUGACGACGUUCGAGAUUCCGCUGCUGAAGAGCAAGGCGAUUGUGGAGGCCAACGUUAGGGAGAAGGAGAAUUUCAACGAGUUGAAGGAGGAGAUGAAUCGCCAGAUCCUGCAGGCGCAGGCUGACAUUGAGGAUCUGAAGAAACAGCUUGAGGAGAGCAAGGUUGAGAGAAGACACAAGGAGGAGUGCGAGUCCAUUAGGAAAUUGAUUGCCCUGCAACCGCCCAGGUCCCAGACGCAGAACCUUAUUUCGGACCUCCAGAAGGAGAUUGCCGCUUUGGACGCCGAGAACACCGCUGGUUCCAGAUUGUUGGACCUCAGGAAGAAGCAAUUUUCACUCUUGUUACAUGUGGUGGAUGAGUUGCAGAACACAAUAGAGGAAGAACAGAAGAGCCUAGUUGAGGAGAUGAGAAUGGCAAACGAGGAGCUUAAGAAUGGGAUGGAGGACGCAAGUGGGGCGGAAGCAAUGGCAAUUGACCAGUAAUAGACUGAAUAUCUGUCUUCCUGUUGUAACAUCUUUUACAUUUCAAUCAUGGUCUCUUUUCCUACAGUGAUUAGGAACCUUGUGUAAAUGAAAGAUCAUUAUUAUUAUGCAAGAGCUUAGACCUUAGUAAAUUCUAAAUGCAUUUCGUUUGGAAUUUUUUUAUGAUAAUUUGUGUAACCCUUCCUUCAAUAUAGUUGGGGUUUUCUCCA